AUGCCAAUGCGCCUUUUCAAGCAUCGCUCAAAUGUGGCAUCAUUGUUGGUUUGCUUUUGCCAUGGUUUUGUCUAUAUCUCCGCCUUCUAUUUCCUUCCUCUUUUCUUCCAGGCUGUGAAGGGAACAUCGAUCCUGAUGUCGGGAGUUUUGAUUCUUCCCAUCGCUAUCGUUCAAUGUCUUACAGGGGUUGCCACAGGAUUCGUCAUAAAACACACAGGCCGCUUUUGCGAGCCCAUCUGGACCGGAAUGGCCGUAUUAACACUGGGAUUCGGUUUGUUCAUUAUUUUCGACGAUCAGAUGUCUAUAGUCAAAAUUGCAGUGAUUGAGGCUGUCGCUGGGUUUGGCGUAGGCCUGAAUUUCCAGUCGCCUCUGAUCGCGCUGCAAUCCCACGUUGCCCCGGAAGAUUUUGCGACGGCGACUGCAACUUUUGGGUUCACUCGCAAUAUCGCUACCUCUCUUUCUGUUGUCAUCGGAGGGGUGGUCUUCCAGCAUAGCAUGCAAACUCAUGCCACAACACUUACAAGUGUCCUUGGAGAUGAGACGGCAGCACAUUUUGACGGGUCUAGUGCGGAAGCCAAUGUAGGCCUGAUCGCAUCACUUCCCGUCCAUCAGCGCAAUGCAGUCCGCGGAGCGUAUGUCGCUAGUCUUCGUUCCAUGUGGAUUUUGUAUGUCUGCGUUGCCGCGGUAGGGCUUCUGGCUAGCUUAAUGGUUAACAAAAAGUCCCUUGAAGGCCCGGCCGAUAGAAAGUCAAAUGGCCCGGUGUCAGGGUCGCUGCAGUCCCACGAGCUGCAGCAAAUAACUCAAAGGUGA